AUGAGGAAACUUACAUCUACAACCACCAUUGGUUCGAAGAGGAAGCAUCCCAGCAACAACCAAGCGAAUGAGAAUAGUAAUAUCAUUGAUGAAGCCUACAUGUCUCCAAUUAAAUCCAGCCGGAAUGCAGGCAAUAGUAAACCGCUUAUUGGUGUUUUCCAAAGUUCGCUAAGUACGCCAUUAAGUAUUGUUACAAAUGUAUUAAGGUUAACUAAAAACCUCAGGCUCAGCUCGGUACCAAAUGGUGGAAACCGACAGGCGUUACAAGAGUUUGCUGACUGGAUUGCCAAUAUCGGCGAUGGGAAGCUUGGUGGCCGGAAUAACGGGUUUGCAGAUGUUGAAAUACCAAUGCACAUGUUAGUGUCAUCCGGGGGGGACGACAUUAAAGCAAUUGUGCACUGUACAUUUCCUAUGUUUGCAAGUGGAAACACUGACCCCGAGCACCUGUUGGGUCGUGCCAUAUUAGCACCAACGCUCGACGUUGUCAACACUGUUAAUGACUAUAUGACUGAGUUGCACAAUGCCGAAAGUAGGUCAUACUAUAGUUCAGACGCAGUAUGCAAAGCAGAUGGCGAUAACGGUAUAUUUGGAGAUGUACACACACCGGAGUUUCUAAAUAGCAUUCGGGUUUCAGGUCUACCAAAUCAUACACUGACUUUGAAAAUCGGAUCACCAGUAAUGUUAAUGAGAAAUAUUGACCAUUCUCUUGGUUUGUGCAAUGGAACUCGGUUGAUAAUCACAAAGCUAGUAGAUCAUGUGAUUGAAGGCGAGAUUCUGACUGGUCCCAACAAAGGUACAAAAGUGUUAAUCCCCCGAAUGUCAAUGGCACCAUCGGAUCCAAGAUUGCCGUUCAAGUUUCAACGAAAGAAAUUCUCAUUGAUGCUUUCAUAUGCGAUGACCAUAAACAAAAGUCAAGGCCAAACGUUGACUCAUGUAGGUUUAGUACUAAAGAAACCGGUUUUUGUACACGCUCAGUUGUACGUAGUUGCAUCUCGGGUUAAUAAUCCAGACGGUCUCAAAAUAUUGAUAGCAAAAGACUCAAGUUCAACUACAACCUCAACCACUAAUGUUGUAUAUCAUGAAAUUUUCAAUAAUUUGUAG